AGCCGCCCCGGGGCUUGCCGGCAACCCAUGCUCUGCUCGAUGGCGAACUCCGGCUGCCUGCUGGUCUCCAACUCCGCCUUGCUGCCGCCCUCGCUCCCGGGUCCGCCGGCCUUCCUCUACCUCCAGCAGGGCAACCAGGACGCCACGGCUCCGCCUGACGCAAUGGCCCAGCCCUACCCUCCAGCCACAUACCCACCACCCCCACAGAAUGGCAUCCCUGCAGAGUAUGCUCCUCCGCCACACCCGCACCCAGCACAGGAUUACUCAGGGCAGAGCGCAGUACCUGAGCACGCCUUGACUCUCUACACGCCAGCACAGAGCCACACUGAACAGCCGGGCACUGACGCCAGCACGCAGUCCAUAGCGGGCACACAAACAGUACCGCAGACAGAUGAAGCGGCACAGACAGACAACCAGACGCUACACCCGCCGGAGAGUGGCUCCGAUAAGCAGCAGCCCAAACGGUUACAUGUUUCCAACAUCCCUUUCCGCUUUCGGGACCCUGACCUGCGGCAAAUGUUUGGGCAAUUUGGAAAGAUCCUGGAUGUUGAGAUCAUUUUCAAUGAACGUGGCUCCAAGGGUUUUGGGUUUGUAACUUUUGAAACUAGUGCAGAUGCCGAUCGGGCACGGGAGAAGCUGAACGGCACCAUCGUAGAAGGACGCAAAAUCGAGGUCAACAAUGCCACAGCACGGGUAAUGACAAACAAGAAGGCGGCCAAUCCCUACACAAAUGGUUGGAAGCUGAACCCCGUGGUGGGCACGGUCUAUGGCCCUGAGUUCUAUGCAGUGACAGGUUUCCCAUACCCAGCCACAGGAACAGCAGUAGCAUACCGAGGGGCACACUUACGGGGAAGGGGCCGCACAGUCUACAACACGUUUCGGGCAGCUCCCCCACCACCUCCCAUCCCCACGUACGGAGCAGUGGUUUACCAGGAUGGAUUCUACGGUGCUGAAAUUUACGGAGGUUAUGCAGCCUACAGAUAUGCUCAGCCUGCAGCAGCAGCAGCAGCUUACAGCGACAGUUACGGCAGAGUUUAUGCAGCUGCAGACCCUUACCAUCACACCCUCGGCCCUGCUGCCACCUACAGCAUUGGCACCAUGUGAAACCUUCAGCUGUUUCCUUCUGGGACCAGGAAGGGCACAAAAAAAAGUUUUUUUUAAGCCAAGCAACAAAACAAUUACAAAACUAACGAGCCAAGCGACUGAGUGAAAGCCCCCUUCUGUCCACACAUGCGCCCCAAAACGACAGGCCAUCCGGAGCGCAAGCACCGACCGACCCAGCUGGACGGAGGGACGGCAGCUGCCCACAGACUCUGAAAAGCCGUCCACACCGGGAGACCCGUGCCCUGUUCCCUCGCUGCAGACCACGGGGACAGGAGGGGCAGGCGCUGACACAGACUGGACUCUGCAGGCUCCGGGCUACCAUGUCUUCCUUCCAGCCCUCCCGAAGAAGAACUGCGGCUCUCCCGUGCUGCAGAUUACGCCACGAGUGCACCUGCAGGGCUAGCAAUCCUGCUUCUUGCUUCCCAGAACCUCCCAGUGCUUUUUGUGCUUUGCUGGUUCAUCCAUUUGUCAAGCUGGCAAGGCCUUGGAUUCCCAGGCAGGG